AUGGGAGAAACUGAAGAAUUCAAUACAUUGGAGUUUGAAAAGAAGCUAGCACAGUUAAAGGAUACUCAAGAAAGUAUUCAAGGUUUAUCGUCGUGGUGUUUGAAACAAAGGCCCCAUCACAAAAAGAUUGUGUCCAGUUGGCUUAACGUCUUGAAGCGUGUGAAGGUUGAACAACGCUUAGUUCUUUUUUACCUGGCCAACGAUGUUAUCCAAUAUAGUAAAAGAAAGAACUACGAAUUUGUCGAAAGUUGGGGCCUCAAUUUGCAAAAAGCAACUCCUCUUGUCAGAGAUGAGAAGGUGCGUCCCAAAAUAUUACGUAUCUUCAAAAUUUGGGAGCAAAGAUCAGUUUAUGAUGACGAGUUUCUCUCUGACCUGACUGGCCUGUUAGUUGCUGGGGCAGCUAAAAAGACUGAUGAUGAUCUGGAUUUUCAGCCAAACCAGUUAAUGAACAAAAUAAAACAAUGUUCAGUCCUUGAGGCAGACACAGACUUGAGACUAAAACACAUACAUGAAUGUGGACUUGGUUUAUCAGAUCCAGAUGCUCUCAGCAUUGAUCUCAAAGAUAGGUAUCUAAAAGACGAUGUUGUUAAAGAACUGAAUGAAGGUAUUGGAUGUGUUGAGCGAUACACACAGGCAUUGCAGAGAGAAAUAGUCGCGCGGGAAGCACUGUUAGUGCUGCUAACGUCGUCAAACCAAUACUAUUCUACUCAGAGAGGGGAAGUUAAAGUUGUGGCAUAUGCAUAUAAAAACUUUGGUGCCCGAGUGCGAGCCCUAAAAAGAAAAUUAGAUGAACUGAUACCAACUUUGCCUUCUGCUGUGCCAUCGCCUCCAUUGCGAGAUGAGGAUGUGCCGUCGCCUGGACCUGAUGAAGACCUACCCCUUCCAAAUAUACAAGGCGAGGAUGAUGUGGCAUACAACAUAGACCAGACAUUCAACUCAACAGUGUCCGCAGACGGUUCACUCUACAACCUGGGCCUGUCCUCAUUCCUAUCUACGGAUAAUCCACUGUCGAUGUUUGGAGAUGAGAUUGAUCUCACCAAUGAUGUUAGCGCGAGUGCGUCGAAACCUCAAGAAACUCUGCCAGGUUUAGAUCUACUUACGCCGGAUAGUACGGGGAAUCCCCCUCCACCGAUGUCGUUCUACAGCUCUCUGGAUCCAGUGACUACUGUGAGCGAUGAGCCGGAACAACACUACAUGCCCGAGGCAAUAGUGAGUAGUCAGUCGUGGACGAAUGCAUGGAGUGUGCCGCCCGCGACACUCACGCCGCCUGUACCAGUGGGUAGCGAUCGUGCUAUAUUCGACGAACCACCCGAGUCUCCGCCGCUUUCUUUAGUACCACCACAACCUGUGCCCACAGUCGUCGAUACGCAAACAACGGCGAGUUCAGCGUUGGACGUAGAUCAUAGAGGGAUCUUACCACCACCGCCCCCUCCGCCCGUUUUACCUAUGCUAGGACAUAUAGAAGACGUGGACCAUAGAUUACUGCCCAGUAUGCCGACACUGCCCCCGGUUACACCCCCACCAUUGAGGCAUCAAGUUAACCAAGAUGUGGACCACAGAAAUUUGAUAUCGUUGACACACCAGUUGCCACCGCGACCGACCAAUCCGGGCACAGAUCAGGAUUAUCGAGUUCCCAUGAUGGUUCCGCCCCCGGAUAUAGUGGAGAGCGUUGAUAUGGAUUUAUCCGAAGAUGAGGAACAACAAGGAAUGUACCCAAGUGCAAACCAAACCGAGCACAGGCGAAACAGCUUCAAUAAUAAUAAGGUUCUAGUCGGCGGUGACGUGAAGAGGGACAACAUACACACAAACAACAAACCUAUCGACGGUCCCCACUCUGCCCCAGUGGUCCCUCCACUUACAAACCCAUUCGAUAAAAUGCCGUCGAACUUUAAGUUCACGAUGCCUUCAGAAUUCCCUAAGCCACAAACGCAGAACUCUCCUUACGAAACCCCCCCUUACAAGAGCUAUCCUGAACCCAAAACAUUCGACAGCAACUACGACGAUUCCCCGCGGCCCCCUCCCAUGUUCCCAGAACCCCCCAAUAAUAUACCCAAAGGAUACCCUAACUCGCCUCGUUACGAGGUCUUGCCCAAAAACAUACCCUACGAUGAGCAUUACUCAGAAGACGUGGACAUUGCGUACGAAGAUGACCCUCAAAUGCGCUCAGAUAUCGAUAUGUACGACACGAAAAACAGCGAUUGGACCCCAAGGCAUAGGUUCCCCAGAAAUUGGACUCCGCGGAAUAACUUUAGGCCUCCAGGGCAGUUUGGUCCUCAGUUUUGGCCGAGAAACGGACCCAGACCACACAAUCCCCGGUGGAAUGGGCCGAGACGGUGGUGA